AUGGCUUCAGCUUCGUGGCUCGGCUCAACCACCUGGGUGCAGCAAUUGGCCGACGCCACCGGCAUGCCCUUGCUGCCUGGGAGCAUCGACACCAUGCUCUGGUCCAUGGUUCUCUUUUACGCUACCUAUGCCCACCUCGCGGAGCUGGCUUCGACUCUGGUGCUCGGCAGGAAACGCUGGGACAGCUUCUCCCCAGCCACGCAGAAGGAGUGGCGGAUGCGCACCACAAAUCUGCUCAAGGGCCUCAUCAUUGGCGUCUACGCCACGUACCUCGUGGUCGCCGGUGUUGGUGGGCGUUCGGACCGGACCGAGCUAGUUGAUCGCAUGUUCCGCCGUGACGUGGCCGUGGAGAGACUUGGUGGCUUCUCUGUCGGAUUCUACGUCUGGCAUCUGGGAGUCCUCAUGCAAAACUUUGCCAAUGAGGGCGUCGGUAACGUUGCCCAUCAUAUUCUAGUCUCAACAUGCAUGAUGUCCAUUUACAGGCCGUUCCUUGCUCACCACCUGCCAUGCUUUUUGGCUUACGAGGUCACCAAUAUCCCCCACAACUUCUACCGCAUGAGCAAAAUCCUCGGUCACGCGCGAAUGGCCACAUUCCAUUCUGCGGCUUGGAUUGUACUGUUCUUCCUGUUUCGUAUCCUAUACGGCACACUCGCAUCCAUCGCCAUCUCCCAAGACUUUGUGCAACUCUGGAAACAACAGCAAGAAUUGCUCCUACCCGAGACGAAAGCAUGGACAGCUGCUCAGCUGGCUUUGGUUGAGGAUCAGACGCUGAUGAUACGACCAAUACCAUACUGGGUCAUCGUUUGGUGUCUCGCGUGCACGGUGUUUUUGGCAUCGCUCAAUUUCACGUGGUUUUACAAAAUCGCCAGAUCAACCGGUGCCAGGCUUUGCGGGAAACGCAAGGCGACAACUCCAUGA